AUGAGUGCUGGUCGAAAGUUUGCAUUGAAAAGGUUUGCCGAUGUUGGAAUCUAUGAACGCAUAUUCAAGCUUUUCACGAUGUUUCACUUUGAUUGCAAUAACUUCCCCAGUGCCCGGAAAAUUUUCAAACGAGACAUCUCUCGCCGAGUGCGUAAGGAAGCUAUAAAACAAAAACAUGCAGAGAGCGUUGAAGCCGCAAAGCAAGUUGCACAACUUGAAGUUUCAGAUGACUUGGCUUUCGCAUUCGGCAAAGAAUCGAGUAAAGAUUUGAUGACGAGCAUUGUAUGGAUGAGGCGCAAUCAAUCCUUCAAGCUAGCGUUGGCGGACUUGGAGGGGCACGCAGUGAGGUACCCUCAGAAACCCCUCGAUGAGCCAGAGAGGAAUCGUCAACUGGAGGACAAUAAAUUGAAAGCCGAGAGCAGCUCUGAUCCCCAAUACCAAGCCAUCCGCAGGUGCAUGAUGGAUUUACCUGUCCGGAAUUACGAAUCUCAAUUGCUAAAGCUCAUUAAUCAUAACACUUACAGCAUCUGUGCCGCAGAGACUGGGUCUGGAAAAUCCACACAAAUUCCUCAGCUCAUCCUGGAUGAUGCGAUCUCUCGGUCGAAGGGCGCUCGCUGUAGGAUUCUGUGUGUUCAACCGAGGCGCUUGGCCGCAAUUCGUCUGGCGCAACGAGUGGCUGCAGAAAGAUGCGAGGAGAUUGGUGACUCUGUUGGUUACACCGUGCGAUUUGAUCACAAACCACCGAAGAACGGGGGAAGCAUUGAAUAUUGCACCUCCGGGAUUCUGAUGAACAUGCUGAAAGAUGACAGUCUCCUGGACAGAUUCACCCAUAUCAUCCUCGAUGAGGUUCAUACCCGCGAAGUUCAGCUUGAUAUUGCAAUGAUGGCGCUGAAGCGUCGGAUUAUGGAACGUCAAAAGAUAUCCCGCGAGGCACAUGUCCCGAGAGUUACCCUGAUGAGUGCAACGGUUAAUGUUGACCUGUUUGCGAAAUAUUUCAGCACAACAGGUGUUGGUAACCAAAAGGAAUACCCUGCUCCUCAUAUCACGAUUCCUGGACGCAGUUUCGCUGUGAAGAGGCACUAUCUCGAAGAAGUGCUUCAAAGCUUCACCCACACCUUGCCACCAGAGACUGUUUCGACGCUCUUGCAACGCCAAGCUCCCACCGCCGACUUCUUGAACAACCACUUCAAAGUGCAUGGUAAUCAGAGUCAAGAUGAGGUGUCAACUCCCCUGGAAUCAGCUCGCCAACUCGACGAAAAAAAGAUAGCUUCUGGCUUGGUGUCUGCAACCAUAAUUUCCCUGCUUGUCAACAAAAAGCAGGGCUCUUUCCUUGUUUUUGUUCCUGGGAUGUUUCAAAUGGACGAAAUCAUUGCCGACUUGAAUAACGUUGGUCCUCGAUUGGGCUUUGAUUUCAGGGAUUCUGCUCGAUUCAAGAUCAUCAGACUACACUCGGAACUGCCAAAGGAACAAGAAGAACUUGCGGUUCCAGUCCCCGAGGGCUGUCAAAGGAUCAUCAUUGCCACAGAUAUCGCCGAGGCAUCUGUUACCUUCCCUGACAUCCAUCACGUCAUUGAUACUGGGAAGCGCAAUCAGCUCGAUAUUGACCCCGCACAGGAAGUCAGGGAGUUGAUGCCCUGUUGGAUCAGCAAGGCUGCCUCGCAGCAGCGGGAAGGACGCGCAGGGAGAGUGCGGGAAGGCGAUUACUACUUCCUCGGGUCUUCAAACCGGUACGAAUCGUUAGCAGGCGCCCAUGCCGCUGAAAUCAAGCGCACCAGCCUCGAGGAGACCUGUCUUCAUCUCAGGAAAAUGAUCAGCGGCAUUCCACUUUCGGUACUAUUGGCGGAGACCAUUGAGCCACCCAGUGAAGACAGGAUAACCUCCGCAGUGGAAAAUUUAAAGCACCUGCGAGCAUUGGACAAAGAGGAAAAUCUCACUGGUCUUGGGCGCAUUCUUGAGAAAUUGGACAUGGAUCCCUCCUUUGGAAAAAUGGUCAUUCUCGGUGUGAUAUUCGGGUGUCUGGAUCCAAUGCUGAUCCUUGCAAGUUUCGCGUCGGGGAAUGAUUUCAACCAAGUGAAAAUCCCAGAAGUUUCGCUCGAGAACUUCCGGAGAAUUCGCCGAUCUUUCGAGGGAGAUUCAUUGAGCGACCACAUGUUUCUUAUCAACUCCUUCCAAGCCAUGCGCAAAGCGAUGAGCGACCACAGGAUACAAGCGGAAACUUUUGGUCUUGAUAGCCAGAACGAGAUCACACACAAGAUAGAUUCAUUGGAUUCUGAAUUUGCCAAACGACACUUCCUGAACCUGCGCCCUUAUCGCAAAGCUGUCGCUUCAGCCUCUCUCAUCAUGGAUAAAUUGGGAGUACCAUUCCCACGCAGGAGCCGAAAAUCGUGGCUUACCGAACCUUUUGCUUCCGAAGCAAUGAACCGCAACUCCGGCAACACAAAUCUCAUCAAGGCACUAUUGGUGCAUUGCCUUGCGCCCAAACUGGCCGUGCGGCAAGCCGGCGGUACCAAGGUCUAUGUCAACCUCAACCCUGGUAUUCGUGGUGUUUCCAUUCCACGCAGGAAAAAGAAAACUGCCAUGUUUGCGUAUGGCUACAAGUACUCAACCGCGCUCGUCUCGCUGGGUAUAAGAAAUGUGACUCAGGUCCGUCCAUUGGCCGCCUGCCUCUUGACCCAUAAUCUGGAACAGAAUGAGGGAGCACUUCUCCUGGACUCAUGGUUAAAGUUCAAUAUCAAAACCGAAAGUUUACCAGAAACAACAGUUGCCGAGAACUUGUAUCUCCACCACAAGACUCUGAGCAUGGUGAGUAUCCUGCCAUUCCUUAUCAGUUCGUGCACUAAUCUCAUACAGGGUCUCCAAACCGCCUUCGAUCUUCUCUCUGUUGAAUCCUGCGUCAAAGACAUGCCAGAUAAGGGCAAGUUUCUGGGAUUACGUCGCAAGUUGCAAAAGAACCUAGAGAAAGAAAUGGAUCUCAUCGUCAGCCUGGACUCCCCAUCGACAGCUGUUCAUGACCCGAAGCACUGGGAAACCCAGUGGAACGAUGAGGAUUUUGAGGAUUUUGAGGAUUCUUGA